CGCCCGCCCGCCCGCCUAAUUGCAUUCCGCUUGGCCAUGCCGUACAACCGAAGACCCCUUUCAGCCCUACGGCCGCCAACCACCGCAGCAGCGGCGGAAGGCGAUGAACCUCCACUAUCCACCUCCAUCUUGUCUCUUCCAUCCGACACCCUCUCCGCCUGCUUAUGCGCCCUCUCUUCUCCCCUCCUCUCCCUCUUCUCUUUUUCUUCCCACUCCGACGACAGCAGGGCCGUGGAGCCAGGCAUGCUCUCAGCCACAAACAGCGCCUCCACACUGGAGGAGGACGCUGGAGGAUACGGCGGUCUGUUGCUGAGGAAAAUAGGGGUCGGAAUACUGGCGGCCGCCUAUGUUGGGAUGAUUCUGAUGGUUCUGCUGGUGUUGGCGGCGGUUUUGGGCGUGGUGGUGGUGAGGUGGUGGGUGGAGGAACCUGUGUUGUUGAGGGAGAGAGUGAACUUUGACUACACUGAUGCACAUCCCAAGGCCACCUUCUCUUUUCACGAGCAUUAUAAGGGUAGUAACUUCCUUGUCAAACACAAGACUCUCGGUGUGCCCCUUGGCCAUACCUUUUAUGUUUCUUUGCUUCUGCUAAUGCCUGACUCCGAUUAUAACAGAGAGCUUGGGAUCUUCCAGGUGAAUGCAGAACUGGUAUCCAAUGGUAGUGGUGUGAGGACAAGCAGAUCAAGCCAUCCAUGCAUGUUGCAAUUCAGAAGCCGACCAAUCCGGCUCAUGAGAGAACUGAUUUGGGGUGUGCCCCUCCUCUUAGGAAUAACGACCGAAACCCAAAAGUUAGUUAUCCCCAUCAUAAGGCACAAGGAGACCCAUCCAAGAACCGAGGCCAUCCACCUGACCCUUAUGCCACGUUCCGGCACCCAAGAGCUCCCACACAUAUACGGAGCUGAGAUCAUCCUCAAAUCUCAUCUCCCUUGGAUGAAAGAGGUGUUGCAUAGAUGGAAAUGGACAUUCUACAUGUGGGCGACAUUGUACAUUUACAUUGCUCUCCUCACAGUUUCCCUGUGUUGCUUCAGACCACUCAUCAUCCCAUUCCUGAGUGCAAGGCACAUUAUGCA